ACUUGUUUUAUUUUAUUAUUAUUUGUUAUAUAAAAAUUACAAUCCUUACCUUUGAUCCCUUAAAGCUGAAGCCCUUUAUAAGGCAGUACCUCCGGCAACUGCUUCCUCCGCCAAUGUCCUAACUUUACGUGUAAUAAGCUCACACAAAAAGAGCCCAAAAAAAAAAAAAGAAUUUAAUUAGAGAGAAAAAUAAAAUAAAAUGACUCUUGAGGCAAUAUAUCAGCAAGACCCGUUUAUGUAUGGUUACAGGGAUUAUAGUUACAAUAUGGGUUUUGCCGGCUACCAUGAAAAUAACCUGCCGGAGGAGGAUAACGGCCAGCCGGUCCACAACGCCGGGAACUGGGACUCGCCGCCGACGACCCACAACAGCAGCUCGUCGUCGGAGGGGACCUGCGGCGGAGGGGACGGGUUCUUCGGCGGCGCCGGAGGAGAGGUCAUGUAUGAGGCGGCGGGGGUGGAGGCGGGCGGCGGCGCGCGGCGGAAGAGGCGGCGGGCGAAGGCGGUGAAGAACAAGGAGGAGAUGGAGAAUCAGAGGAUGACCCAUAUUGCCGUCGAGAGGAAUCGCCGGAGGCAGAUGAAUGAUUACCUGGCCGUGCUCCGGUCACUCAUGCCGCCGUCUUAUGCGCAGAGGGGCGAUCAAGCGUCAAUAGUCGGUGGCGCCAUAAACUUCACAAAGGAACUGGAGCAACUGCUCCAAUUCCUGGAGGCCCACAAGUUGACCGGUCAACACCCGAGGAUGGUCAACGCCGCGUCAACCAUGUUCUCCAACUUCUUCACCUUCCCACAGUACGCGAUGAGUCAGCAGGCGGCCGGCGCCGCCUCCUCCUCCGGCGAGGGCGCGGUGGAGAAGCGGUCGGGAGUGGCGGACAUCGAGGUGUCAAUGGUGGAGAGCCACGCGAACGUGAAGAUCCUGUCGAGAAGGCGCCCCAAACAGCUCCUUAAGAUGGUCGCCGGAUUUCAGUCUCUCAGCCUCACCAUUCUUCACCUCAACAUCACCUCCGUUGACCACUCCAUGCUCUACUCCUUCAGCGUCAAGGUUGAGGAUGAAUGCCAGUUGAGUACAGUGAACGAGAUAGCCACGGCGGUGCACGAGAUGAUGGAGAUGAUCCAAAGAGAGUACCAAUCCAACGGCGGACACGCUGCCACAUGAGCCGGUGGCAGCUAGCGGCGGAUAUGGAAUUUAUUUUGUAUUUUUCGUCAUAAUUAUUAAACGGUGGAAUAUAUUUAAAAUUGUUGUUGCCAAGUGUCUCAGCAUGCCCCUAUUUCAUGUGCACCGUUUGUGUGUGUGUGUGUGUCUUUUUUUUUUUUAUUUUUUUUUUAANUGUUUGUUUGGGAACAUGGGCUACCCAACCUGGUUUUAGGUUUUUCAGAAACAUGCGUCCUUAUGUGUAUGAAAUCAAUUGGUGGAUGGAAAUGAAAAUGCCUAAUUAAGUGUAAUUUGGUCUGUAUAUCGAAGAUUUAUGGUGUGAGGACUUAUUGAUUUAGCUACGUUAGUAAUG